UGCAGUACCGGUUGCACGCGUGUGGCGUACAUCGAAUGCUAUGACAGUUUCCUACGAAUUUUUCGUCUAGAAAGUUACGUAAAAGUUUAUCGUUUCAUCAUUGAAUCAGUGCUUCGAUGUUAAAGAAAGAAAAGGAAGUUAAGAAAUUCUUUGAUCUUAAUUUAUUGCCGAUACACGAUUCCAUUCGAUUCGUGAACUUUCUUAAAGGAUAAAAAACAUAAAAACGUUCUUGCGCGUCUCUCCGACAUCGAAGGAAUCAGACGACAUUAUAUGGCGUCGUUGUACACGAAGAACUCGACAUUUCUUUUAUUACGUUAUAAAGUAUCUUUGAAUCACUUGAAUUAGUUUGUCGCGUCGUUAGGGAGACUUUCGCGCGUAACCUUCUUUACGAACGCAUUUGGAAAGAGAGAGAAGAGAGAUAAAGAAAGAAAGAGAGAGAGAGAGAGAGAGAGAAAAUACAUAUACAUAUCCAUAUGUAGUGUAAGAAAAAGAGACAAAAAGUGUGGGACCAGCUUGAGUUUAUUCGAUUAAGGAAGAGAGAGAGAGAGAGAGAGAGAGAGAAAGAGAGAAAGAAAAAGAGAGGGAAGAUCCAAAGGUACGGACUUCUUAUCACUUUGAUCUUCAAAAAUAAAUUAAAAGACGUAUCUAACAAAGAUUAGACGUGCGGCUAAAAAAAUUAGGAAAAAAAAAAAGAGAAGCCGAGAAAGAACGAAAAAAUAAAAGGAUAAAAAAUAAAAUAAAAUAAAGGGCGUGGAUUGUAUCUGUAGGACGACUAAUUAAGCAUACAGACAUACACGAUAUAAAAACGUUUACCAUAAGCCAUGGGUAAGACGCCAAAGAAGGCGGCCCCUGGAGGCGAUGAGAGGAAUUUAUACGUUCGGAGAAUCAAGGCAACGACCGCGUCGUCAAAAAAUUCUGAAUCUAUCUUACCUGAGGGACAACGCGAAUCGGAGAAUUCGAACAGACCAAAGCUGAGUAAUAUACAGAAAAAAGUACUUCCUAGUUCUACGAAAAAAAGUAAACUUCAUAGUGCAGCAUAUAGUUUGAAUCAAUCAACAAAGAAUUUAACUAAGGAUAUUAAUAAAGAAAGUAAAGUGCAAAGUACGCUUCAACAUUUACGAAUAACAAAGCAAAAGAUGCAGCCUAAACCGGAAGAAGCAGAAACAGCAAGUAGUACAUCUACAGAGAAAGAUGAAAAGGAAGAAAUUAUAAGUGAUGUAGGUAACAAAAAAGAAGAAGCUGCAACCAAAGAGAGUAAUACUAAUCAUAUAACAGAUGAACAAGAUUCUACAUUGAGUACGAAUACUGAGAAAAAGACUGCAGAGAGUAUAGAAGAAGAUAUAACACCAAUGCAAAAUGAAAUUAAAUUACAGGAUAAAGAGAAUGACAAAAAAGAAAAUUUAGAAGAGAAUAACAAAGAAUUUGGAGAAGAAGAACAAGACGAAGUACAAAUAAAUUUGCAAUUGGAGGAUAGUCCUAUGAAAUCACAAGAAAGUGCAUCUACUGUUAGUAUAACAAAUGAUGAAAAUGAAUCGGAGGAAUUAUCUCAAACGCAAGAAGUAAACGAUAAUACAAAGGAAAAGAAAAGUUCACAAACAGAAUCUGAAGCAGGAACAGAAAGUUGUUCCAUAGAUAUAGUAGAAUCUGUAACGUCUGAAUUAUCUGAGGUAUCUGAAUCUCUAAGUCAGCAGGACACUAAAAAAGAAAGAGAAAACUUUGAGCAAAGUGUAAAGAAUGAAAUAUCAAAUAUAAAUUAUGAUUCAUCAGUGACAUUAAAAGAUGUACAAAUUAAAUUAAAUGAUUGUCUUAAAGAAAAAUUUAAGCACGUUGAAGUAUGUGAUGCUGAUAAUAUGUCUAACUUAUCUUCAAGCGAUACUUUUGGUAAAACUUUGCGGAAUAUUUCUGGAAGAUCCGCUAUCAAUAGAUUUCGACAUACAUCAUCGUUCGAUUAUAGGUUUUCUCCAAAUGAUACACAGUUAACAAACGUAUCAAUGUUAUCGACACCACGAAGAGAAACAGCAAAUGUAAAAAUUUUACAUUACAAUACAGGAUUAGCAGAUAUGUCCAGUAAUGGUAAUCCUGUAGAAAGAAAACGUAAACUUGAAUCGCCAGAUUCGAUUACUAUAAAGAAACAAAAAACAGAACAGAGUAGUUUGCUGAAUACAUCAAUGGAUCUUUUGAGGGGGUUGCGUAAACCAAUACAAAUUUCGACACCAAAUGUAAGUUACAAGGUACAAUCUGAUAAAUUAAAUAUUAGAGAAAUAAAUGAUGGUAAUGAUAAGUUUUUACCAACACAUACUGAUGAUGGUACAAAAAAGUGGUGUGUCAUUAUGUAAAAUAAUGAAAAAACUGAAUUAUUAUCUAUAAGUAUUUUUCUAUUCUUCGUAAUUAUAGGAGAAGUAAUAAUCCUAAUCUGUAUGUUAAUAAUAAUGUUAAAAGUUUUUUUUUUUUUUUCAACUUGCCUAGUAUAGAGUUUAUACAUAUAGAAAGCAUAUGUACAUGUUUUCCUUUGUAUAUCUUGAUAAAGACAUUGCACAGUAGAAUUUACUUCUCCUAUAAGUCUUAUAUAUAUAUAUAUUUAAGAGUCUAUAUGCCUUCUUGCAUAAGAGUAUAAAAAAAGAAAAAAAGCACCCAGAAACUUUGAAUAGAAGAAUUCGUAUUAAUAUGUCUGAUUCAUGAUCAAACAUUUAUAUGAUAAAAAAGAUAUUUUAGAUUAUAUUGAAUAGUAGAAAAAGAGAUGUUAUUACAGAGAUAGAGAAGAGUUUAGAAAUUUUUUUAGAGUCAUCCAAGAACUUUAUACCAACCAUGUGUGUUGCUUGUUAUUUGAAUCUGUUCGCAAGUAAAAUAAUUCAUAUUAGUAUAGAUUCAUUGCAAAUAUUUCUAGAGAUUCUAUAUUAAUUUGAAAAAUAUAUUUAUGUUACUAUAUGAGAAAUCUCACGAACUACAUUGCAAAUCUCAGUAUCAUACAUGCAUAAUUUUUUGCACAACUGCACAAACUGUAUCUAUCAAGUACAGUAAUUUGUAAACGUCGCUAUAUUCCAAAAAUAAACAAAAACGAAUUGUAUGCUUCAAAAAAUAACUGAAUUACUUUAGAAAAUUACUUUCAAAAACUUUCGAUUAUAAAUUUUGUAACAGUUUGGAUCAAAUUCAAUUUAUUAAAAAUACAUUUUGAUAUAGUCCGUGUUUUGAACUAAUUAUAAUAAUAAAUCGACUGGACGGGCAGAUCUCAUAGCUUGAAAAUAUAUUUUAAGCUUAAAAGAAUACAUAGAGAUUUAUAAGUAAUUAAUGAGCCAUUAUGAUAUACUACUUUACAUCAAAAUCCUCAUUAAGUUGAUACGAUAAUUUGUUCGAGAGUAGCCAAAAGCUUUAAUAUUAGUCAUAUCUUUAUGAUAUACAUAUACAUAUACACACACAUAUAUAUAUAUAUAUACACACAUAUAUAUGUGUGUAUAUAUUAUACUCUCAAAUAAUUUUUUAUAGUCAUAAAAGAAGUCACAAAAGAAAAGAAAAUCCAUCCUUCAAAAUACAUGACAGAGCCUGUAAUAAAUUUUUCAUGGAAAUUAACAUAAAAUAUAUAUAAAAAGAGAGAGAGAGAGAGAGAGAAGGCUUAAUCAAUAAUUUCCAUUUUUAGAUCCAUCCUUAGAUCAUUCAAUACAAUGUAAAUUUAAUGUAUUUUCAUAAUAAAUACUUGUGCAAAGGCUCGGCAUUUAUAAAUAACUGUACAAAAAGUUUUGGACAUUUUUUAAUAACAAGUAGAGAGAACGUAUCAAUUAAGUUGCCUUAUCUCGUUUUGAUGAUAUAUGAAACACAUUAUUUUAAAUAACAGAUAAUUAACAUUCAGUAUACAUAUAUAAAGAUACGUUCAUAAUCGAAUCGUAUCUUUAAAUAAAUGAAAUAGAUUUUUAUUUCAAUGUAGAAAUUAAUAUAGUCUUAUUAUCAUGCAAAUUAUAAAGGGUACAAAUAUGUACAUUGUAGUAAAAAGCAUGAAGUAUAAAGGAAAAAAGCGAAAAUAGCUCCCUGCAUAAAAAAAAAAUAAAAAAAUAAAAAAAAAAAAGAAAAGACAAAAAAUUCUCCAUAAAAUUUUGAUCCAUUUUUUAAUCGUUCGUUAACCUUUAUUAUCGUUUUUCUUAUAACUGCAAAAAGUUUGUAAAAACAAAAAAAUAUUGUUUGACUUUUACAUCUAUGACUAUUAUUGAAUGUAAUAAUUAAACAAUUUUCUUUUUAAUUUAUUUUUUUUUUUCCUUUUUUUACUGCGAAUUAUUCCGUUCGUCCAAAUGUGUGAAAAUGGAUUGUUCAAUUGUAAUGAUUUUUUUUUACCUCUGCGUGCCGAUAUUGCGUAUCGUAAAUUCUCUUGCAAUAAAUAAAUAACGAAACAAAAAAAAGAAAAAGUUGCAUCGAUAUUUGAAAAGAAGAAAUAAAUAAAUAAAGAGAAAAUGCAAAUAUCGAUGAUUACCUCUGAUCGAAGUAUCGAAAUAGAUCGAUGUAAUUUUAUAUUUGUUAAUUGAAUAUGAGCGUCAAAAAAUAAAUAAUGUAUAUAGAAGAAUGAGUUUUAAUAAAUUUCUUAAACUGUAAA